UUAGUUUUGUAGCCGAUUGUCAAAUAACGCGUGUUGAGGUUAAAACGUAUUCGCCUUAGUUUUUCGUUAGUGAAGUUCUUCUAUAAAAUCUGUGCAUUAAAAUGGCUUUAUCUGUACCAAAAGCGCCCGGAGUGGCUCAAAUGCUUAAAGAUGGAGCAAAAAUGUACAGUGGUUUGGAGGAAGCUGUAUAUCGCAACAUUACCGCAUGCAAAGAAUUCUCACAGACCAUGCGUUCCGCCUAUGGACCAAACGGUAUGAACAAAAUGAUAAUUAAUCAUAUCGAAAAACAGUUCGUAACCAGUGAUGCAGGCACAAUAAUGCGUGAACUGGAUGUUGAACAUCCAGCUGCAAAAUUAAUCGUUAUGGCAAGUCAAAUGCAAGACGCCGAAGUUGGUGAUGGCACCAAUUUUGUAGUUGUCUUUGCCGGUGCACUGCUUGAAGCUGCUGAGGAAUUGCUACGCUUGGGUAUUACUACUGCCGAAAUUGCUGACGGCUAUGAAAAAGCAUUAAACAAAUCUUUAGAUAUAUUACCAAAAUUAGUUUGUCAUGAAAUUGAAGAUUUUCGUGAUGUAGCGAAAGUGAAACGCUGCCUUAAUGCUUGCAUUAUGUCAAAACAAUACUCUGAAGAGGAAUUCCUAACUGAAUUGAUAGCCAAAGCUUGCGUUUCAAUUCUACCAGAUAAAAGCACUUUUAAUGUUGAUAAUAUACGCGUCUGCAAAAUUCUCGGAAGUGGCUUAGCUAAGUCAGAAGUAGUGCGUGGUAUGGUAUUUAAGCGUUUUGUUGAGGGUGACGUGACCUAUGCAGAGAAAGCAAAAGUUGUCAUUUUCUCUUGCCCAAUUGAUAUUAUACAAACAGAAACUAAAGGUACUGUUCUAAUCAAAAGCGCUGACGAAUUGAUGAAUUUCUCUGCUGGUGAGGAGAACUUGUUGGAAUCACAAAUUAAAUCUAUUGCUGAAGCUGGUGUAAAGGUAGUUGUAUCUGGUGGCAAAGUUGGCGAUAUGGCUUUGCAUUUCCUUAACAAAUAUGGACUUAUGGCAGUACGCUUGAACUCAAAAUUCGAUUUACGUCGCUUAAGUCGUGCAGUAAAUGGUACAGUGCUUCCUAGAAUUGCCACACCAAGUCAAGAAGAAUUAGGUUAUUGCGAUAAAGUAUGCAUUGAAGAACUGGGUGAUACCACUAUCGUCGCAUUCAGAAAUGAAGGCGCUGAGUCACGUAUUGCCACAAUUGUAAUACGCGGUGCUACAAACAACUUUAUGGAUGAUAUUGAACGUGCACUUGAUGAUGGUGUUAAUAACUUCAAAGGACUGACCCGCGAUGGUCGUUAUGUGCCAGGUGCAGGAGCAACUGAAAUCGAGCUUGCUACACAACUUGCCGCCUAUGCCGAUACAUUACCCGGCUUGGAGCAAUACGCAGUGCGCAAAUUCGCUACUGCUUUAGAAGUAUUCCCCAAGGCUUUAGCUGAGAACUCUGGUGUUAAUGGCACAGAAAUUAUAAAUCAAUUGUAUUUGGCGCAUAAAGAUGCUGCUGGUAAAAAUAUUGGUGUUGACAUUGAAGCUGAAAAAGCAGGUACUGUUGAUGUCACGAAAAAGGAUAUUUUCGACUUAUUCCAAUCAAAGUACUGGGGUAUUAAAUAUGCUGUGGGUGCAGCUAAUACUAUACUCAAAGUUGAUCAAAUCAUUAUGGCCAAACGUGCAGGUGGUCCAAAACCAAAGCAAAACACUGGCAGUGAUGAUGAAAGCUAGAGUAGACGUUAAGCAUUCAUUAUUAAUAUUUAUUUCUACACAGAUUUAUAACUUUACUUGAACAAACUCACCUUCUAUCAUUUUAAUUUCGUAUAUUUGCUGCAUAUACUUUUAGCGAAAACAAAUAAUAUAAAAUUUAAAUUAAAUAUCACAAUGAUAUAAUUGCUAAAAGUAUUUAUUAAUAUUAUAAUUUAAUUUAAUUACAUUAAUGCAAACCGAUAAUGUAAAGCUAAUAUAAAAUUUAAUCAUUUUUAUUAUGAAAAAACGAAUGUUUUUACACAACUAAUAAAAAAUAAUACUUCAU